CUUGCCUAAGCCUUUAAGUUACAUAGGUCGGUGGCCUGGUCCCAAGGGACUGUUGUGGGGAGGUUGGGAAGUUGAAGAACACCUGGCCCUUCCAUCAUGUUAGCCAAGAAGACAGAACUGAAGAAAACUAACCUGGUAAAGGAAGACUGUUGCUAGACACGGUAGGGCCUCUGUGGGCUCUUGCUGAAUGGAGGCAGGACAGAGAGGCUACUGGAAGCCAUCCUAAAAAGAACUACAGGGCCAUUUGCAUGGAACCAAAGCCAGAGCUGACACAAAUAUGUGAUUGGAAAGGAUUUAAACAAGAAAGGCUACUCAUCAAAAGAGGGAUGACGAAGAAGCUGAAGAACGAACUCAGGGAGGUGAGAGAAGAACUCACAGAAAAAAUGGAAGAGAUAAAACAGAUAAAGGAUAUAAUGGACAAAGAUUUCGACAAACUUCAUGAGUUUGUGGAAAUUAUGAAGGAGAUGCAGCACGAUAUGGAUGAGAGGAUGGAUGUUUUAAUUAAUAUUCAGAAGAACAACAAGCUUCCCUUUCAAAACCAACCAAAGGAGCAGCAGAAAUGUGGGCAGAUAGGAAAGAUGGACAAAGGCUCCCAGGUCAUGACCACGGAAGAACCCGUUGGAGCACAAUGUGACAAGAUGGUGGUGCCACCAAAACCACUGGAGUCCUUCCAUUCAUGUCAGAGUUGCUGCGAGAAAUGUUUGUUGUGUGCUCUAAAGACCAACUGCAGUCGGGGCAGGAGACCUUCACACCCUGCCUGGGCACCUUUUUCACAUUUGUCGCCUGGAGCUGCUUUCUGAUUUACCUGUACUUCAACCUCAACGAGAUGGAGUUCGUGCUUCCAACCUAGCACAGCCACGGAGCCCAGCAGCAGCUCUUCAUCAUCUCCUGCCUCCUGUGAGCUGCACAGCAGAGUUUUUCUGCCCUCUUAAACACCCUCCAACCCCCACCCCUGCCCAGGCUUCCACCUGGAGAUUAAAGAGUCUUUCAUUUAAAGCAAAAAA